AUGGGCGGCGCGGCGCUGGCGCUGCUGCUGGCGGCGGGGCUGUGCGCGGCGCAGUACGAGGAGUACAGCGUGCGCGGGUUCCCCGCGGCCGCGCUGGAGCCGCUGCAGCGCGCCUACGCGCGGGCGCUGGCGCAGUACGCGGGGGCGCAGUGGGCGGAGAGCGCCCGGGCGCUGGAGGCCAGCCUGCGCCUCCACCGCCUCCUGCGCGACAGCGAGGCGCACUGCCACCGCCGCUGCGCCGCGCCCGCGGAGGGGGACCCCGCGGAGGAGCCCCCCGCGGAGGGGGACCCCGCGGCGUGGGAGUGGGAGCGGGAGAUGCAGCUCUUCGGGCGGCUGCUGCGCCGCGCCGGCUGCCUGCGCGCCUGCAAGCGCGACCUGCCCGUCUUCCAGCUGCGCUACCCCCCCGCGCAAACGCUGCGCGACUUCCAGCGCCGCCUGCCCUACCAGUACCUGCACUACGCGCUCUUCAAGUCAAAUAAGAUCGAGAAAGCAGUGUCCGCUGCCCACACCUUCCUGCAGAAGAACCCCAAGCACGAGAUGACCUUGAAGUACCUGAACUAUUACAGGACGAUGCUGGACGUGGAUGAAUACCUGGUUGACCUGGAGGCGCAGCCCUAUGAGCCGAUAUUCGUGCGGUCGGUGAAGCUGUACAACAACGGGGAUUUCCGGAGCAGCGCGGCCGACAUGGAGCAGGCGCUGUCUGAGUACUACAAGGCGUACGAGGACUGCCUGGCUGGCUGCGAGGGCGCCUACGAGCUGCAGGAGUUCAAGGACUUCUACCCCGCCAUCGCAGACCACUUUGUGAGCGUGCUGCAGUGCAAGGUGGACUGCGAGACCGAGCUCACCCCCAACGUGGGCGGCUACUUCGUGGAGAAGUUUGUGGCCACCAUGUACCACUACCUGCAGUUCGCCUACUACAAGCUGAACGACGUGCGGGACGCAGUGCGCAGUGUCUCCAGCUACAUGCUCUUCGACCCGGGUGACGCCGUGAUGCAGCAGAACCUGGUCUACUACCGCUUCCACCGUGAGCGCUGGCGCCUGCAGGAGGAGGACUUUGAGCCCCGACCGGAAGCCAUGCGCUACCACAACCGGACGGCUGCCCAGAAGAAGAUGCUGGACUUCGCCAGGCAGUACCUGCAGGCGGAUGAUGAGAUGGAGGUGGACGGCGGCGAGGGGCUGGAGGCGUGGGACCUGCCCUCUGACGGCGAGUUCGAGGGCGAAGGUGACUACGAGGAGGGCUUCUUCGCAGACUGGUGGCAGGAGCCCAAGACCAAGGGGGACAAAGCUGACCAAGAGACCCUGCGAUGAGCCAGGCGAAGGCGGGCCUGGCCCUGGCGGAGCUGGACGGCGGUGGCCCUGCGACACCAUCCUGGGGAGACUGGGCUUCAGGCACCUGCCAGGCGCUGCGCAGAAGCUUGGACUCGCAGGGA